GGAGGGAAGGAAAUAUUCACCCAAUCAGAAGCGCUGUGAAAAGUUGUCAGAGAGGAGAUUUCGUAGGGAAACGGUGUGUUUGUCUCUUACCGUUUUGAUCCAUUUUGUGGCCCCGGGUGGUGCUGGUGGGGCGCACAGCGGGAGGCGCAUUGUGCGUAUGCAAACUGGACGAGAUGGCCAUUGUAUGCGUUUGGGCAUAUAUGGAGGCAGGGAUGGCUCGGAGGAUACAGCUUGUCUGAAGUCUCAGGAGCGGAGAGUUGCCCUCGGCUGUGUUGCUGUGCGCGUUUUUUUCUUCGCAGACUUUCUCUUGGCACUAACGCUCCGCGCCGUCGCUAUGAGCUGCCUGGAUGUGAUGUACCAUCAAAGCUAUGGAGCGCACUACCUCCCUGCAGCGGCGUACAAGGCGACCUACUACAACCACCAUCACCAGCAACAACAGGUGAGAGACACACCGUAAUAAAAGUUUUCUUUGAAUUCACUGUAGCAGAGGAUUAUUGCUGUUUACAAAGUUGUGCGUAAAUGUCACGAUUACUCUCUUUUUUUUGUUUAAGCUACUGUUCAAUAGUUCAUAAUUAAAAAGUGCCACAGUAAUUUGUGACGCAAAGAAAAAUCAAAACGUAAUUUGUUAGUUUCAGGAAUACAGCACAUAAAGGUGGAGAACUAUGUAAAUAAGAGUUACUGUUAAAACAAUUUUAGGUGCUUCUAAAAGGUUUUUCUACGUUGUUGGCUCCUGUUCAGGACAACGCCUAAAACUUUCUUUACGCCUCAUACACACCUCUUAACUUCAAAUUGAGUUUUGAAUGAUAAAAUUCCUGUCUGAAGCUCGGCAUUCACCUCAGGUCAUGCGUAAUGACACGGAACUAUUAAUCCUGCGGUCAAAUGGUGAUGUAAUGACAGCCGGUCAGUCACUCAGGAAUGUGGAUGAGGCACAUUGAGCAGUGGGAAUGCAGUAUGGGAAAAAAGAAAGUCAUUUUCACACAACUCCCGAGCUGCUCUCACCUAAAACUUUGAGCCAUUUGAGCACUGAUUUUAAUUGGAUUCUUUUUUUCUUUUAUGAUCACUUUGAGUAUUUAGGCAUUUCAUUUGUCUGAAACAGUAAAUCCUCUCCCAGAUCCAGGGUACUUUAAUGUAAUUGCUUUGCUGAAAGUAAAUCUUUCCCUGUCUCUUUCCCUCUAGAGACGGCUGAGUGUUUACAGUAAGAUGCAGGAGUGUAUUGAGCAGCAGCAACAACAGCAAGGAGGAAGAAGAGGAAUGCUUUCUAGGGAUCAGGGCCUCAGCCGGCAGGGCCCUGUGGCACCAGGAACCGAGUCAGGCCAUAGAUCCACAACAGAGCUGAAGGAUGGUACUCAACCAGCAGAGGCAGAGUACCUGAGCUCCCGGUGUGUUUUGUUCACCUACUUUCAAGGCAACAUUGGGGAUGUAGUGGAUGAGCACUUCUCACGGGCUCUCAGUCAGUCUAGCACCUUCAGCAGUGAGACCAAACCCAUCCGAGUGACUCAGACAUCUGCAUCAGCCACCACUGGAUUAUGGAAAGGUAGGGCUACAAAGCUGGAAAAGUUCUUGAGGAAAAAUGCACUAGUUUGGCCUUUUGGUUCGUUGUGCUGAUUGUUUUUAUGCCAGGGUUGUGAUUUAAUGUGAUUUCAUGGUUCAUUUGGUCCAAGGAGAAACCAGAUUCUGCUCCAGAUUUCUGCCUGUUAUAGUUUCUCCUUGCUACUAUCCCCAGAGCUUUCUUUUAGACAUAUUAAGCUUAAGUCUCAAUAACCUUUAGCUCAAAGUAUCUUUACAGUCAAAAAGUGAUUUUAAAUGUCUCUGUAAUACGUUGGUUUCAGAUGGUGGGUCUCUGUCUGACAGUCAAAGCAGCUCAGUGUGGAACAGCCCUUAUCCAUCCCAGACCAGUCCUUGCCUCCCAUCUGUCCCAGUGUCAGUCCACCCAGACUUCUCCACUAGUCCUGUUGCCUUUAACCACCCAGAUGGAGCUCUGUGGACUGACCAUGGUAUCACCGGUAUCAACCAGACCAGCCUCCCACCUCCGUCAACCCUCCCUGAUAGCUGGACCUAUAGCCUGAGUCCCCAGAGUACCACUGGCUACCCCAAUGUUCCCAACGUCUACCGGGCCCACCCCCAUCCCCACAUCCACACCCGACACCACCGCCAUCACCCCAUGCUCAAUUCAUACCCAACACACAGCCCAGCACUGGAUCCCAGGUUUAACCCUCUGCUCAUGUCUGGAGUUAGAAACCAGAACCAGUCCACCACCAGCACAGGGAGUAUCCCUCACAGCGAAGGGGUGAAGACGGAGAUGGACCCCAGCAGAAACAGCCCCGUUUCAGCUACUCCUGUUAGCUGGACCCACUCGUCCCUCCAUGGAUCCUUGGAGGUGUAUGACUCAGGUAUAUACAUCAAAAGAAUAUCUUCAGAGUAAUAAACACAACUUUACAUGCAUGCUAACCUUCUUCUUUCCUUCAUGCAGCUCUUGAUCAGACCAAAGCAAAGACUUCAGUUUGGUUCUGAUGGCCACAAAGAGGGAAUUAAGUCACACCAGAAAGGACCUAUUUUCUGGCUCUUUUAUUGGUUGGCAGCAGCACCAGCACUGUAAUGUACAAUGGACAUGGAAAGGUUAUUGUAGCUCACACUAUGAAUCCCCAAAGACGAACCUAACACUCUGGACUGAAAGGACAGUUGUCUAAUGCUUUGGUGGGAGUUGAGGCCUGUGAAGAGGACUACUACAGGACUAAACAGACUACUACUUCAGUUUGGGAGGUGUCUCUUUCCUUGUCAGCACAGAGAACAUUUCCAUUGUGCAUAUAGUGUGAGACAUAGUGGUUCUGUUUCAAGAACUUGAUUUUGGUCCACAUUUUCUUUUUGUACAGUAAAGUUUUGUUUAUUUUUCUGUGUACAGUUUUGCCAGGAUAAGGUGUUUGCUGGAUGAUUUCUGCAAAAAGAAAUGUUGCCUAAAGUUUUUGCUAUGUUGCCUUCAGAGAUUGUGAAGUGUAAAUAGUAAUAAUGUACAUUAAAGAAAUAAAUGGUUGAACUUAA